AUGUCCGAGAAGCCUAUCGUGGAAUUGAAGGCGCCCUUGCUUCCCCAGACGCAGGAGCAGGCGCCUGUUGACGCGACCAUGCCGCGACCUCAACAGAAGCGCAGGAUACACGCUGCGAUGCUAGCGAUUUUGUUUGCGGUGUUUUGGCUCGCCAGGACGUGGAGCUGUGAGCAUGAGCAUUCGGAUGUGAAGGCGAGGGUACCGCUGGAUGUGCACAUAAUGUCCAAGUGCCCGGAUGCUCGCGCAUGCCUCCAGAAACUCGUCAUGCCCACCAUGGCGAACAUAUCAGACAAAGUCGACUUUAGACUAUCCUUCAUCGGCCAACUCACAAACGAAGACGACGGCGUUCAAUGCAAACACGGCCAAACCGAAUGCCUCGGCAACAUCGUUCUCCUUUGCGCUGCCCGCGAGUACCCCGACCCCAAGCUACACUUGGGCUUCACAAAUUGUCUGAUCAACGACUACCAAGAGAUACCCAAGCGGCAGCUUAUCGAGGACUGCGCGCUCGAACACGGCCUUGACUUCGGCUUGCUCAACGACUGCAUGAGCAAGGACAAUGGCGCGUAUGGCAUGGGCCUGCUGCGUGACAGUGUGAAGCACAGCCAGGAUGUGGGCGCGGGAAUUAGCUGUACAAUCAGACUGGAUGAUCACGUUCGGUGUGUGUAUGAUGGUGGCGAGUGGAAGGAUUGUGAAGAUGGGCAUAAGCCCGAAGAGUUGAUCGCGGACAUCGAGAGGUUGUAUGAUGAGGCGCAGGGAUGGACUCUAGCAUGA